CCCUUGUUAACUUAGUAUGAAAUGUCACCUGUGCAUGAUACUCUGGGAGCAGCUGGGGAAAUUAGGUAAAACAUACAAUAUCUUUAUAAUAUUAUCUUUAAUACAGAUUGAAUUGUACUUUAUGAAGUUAAUAGUUGAGAUGUUUGAUUCAUGCAGUGAGUACUAUGCAGUUACUGUUAUGAGCACUGGACCUGAGAUUUGUGUCAUCAUCCACCAUGACUUCUUCACACAGUGAGCUAAAGAAGCUAUCUACAGAGUUGAAACAUCUUUCACUUAAGAGACAGCAACUUCUGGAAAGGAAAAAAAUCCAGUGCAUAUUUCAGGAGUUGAGGAAUCGUGCUGAAUUUGGACAAACAGAGGCGGCAGCCUCAAGUCAGCAGGAGAUUGCCAGCAUUGAUGAGAAACUGAAACAAUUGACAGAAAGGAAGGAUGAACUCCAAAAAAUCUAUGAUAACAUCCUCAGUACCAAAGAAAAUAAUAAAGAAGUCAGUUUUGACUCUAUUCAGAAGAUUGAACCUCCACCUCCUGGAUCAAAUAUUUUCUAUGUUGAGGCGCCACCUACUAUCCCUGCCCCUACAGUGAUUCUGGACUUGGAAGAACUUCCACAUUGCCCAUGCAGGACGCAGUGCCCAGAGUGUCGGGAGUACGUCAUGACAGAGACCUAUACCUCUGUCAACAGCUUGACCUGGCUGAUUUGUUUUAUGACAGCUUUGAUUGGCUGCGUGGCUGGUUGUUGUCUUCUUCCCUUCUGCCUUGAUAGGUUCAAAUCUACCACACACAGAUGUCCUAAGUGUCGAUCUUCAAUCCAAACUAUUAAAAAGCUCUGAGAGAAAAGCAGCUGGUGAGAACUUGAAGCUCAGACUAAAAGAGCAUCACACAUUGACCAAAUGGUGAAGUAGUAUUUCAGCAGCAUGGCUCCUUUGCAGAAUUUAUCUGUUCGCAUUUACUACUAGCCAAGCUUACUCUCCAUUGUACAGGAGACACUGAAUAUCAGUGGUUGAGGAAUAAUGUUUAUUAAUCAAAUAUUCAGAUGCUAUCACUUUGGUUUUAAUGGCACACGUGUCAGAAGGAACAUGUGGUGUUGACUAAUUCUCUUAUUCUUAAAUGUUUAUUAUAUUAUAAAUAUCUGUAUCUGUAUAUUCAAAUUGAUCUUUCACUGAAUAAAAAAAGUUAGGUUACAGAA